GACUAUCGACAUCGACGUAAAUUCGUUUUCAUGUCGUCUGUCUAAUUGAUAAUAAUUUUAUUAGCCUAUAUUACUUUAUUUUAUCUUGUAAUUUGGCUUUCUAUGAAAAAAUAACUACAAUUUUCAGUCAAUUUAGAUUAUAACAAUUAUUGUUUUGAGAAAAGAUGGGUGAACGUAAAGGAACCAAUAAGUACUACCCGCCCGACUACAAUCCAAAUGCGGGCGGCCUCAAUAAAUUCGUCGGCACUCAUGCCUUGCGUGAGCGAGCACGAAAAAUACAUCUGGGCAUUAUCAUUAUCAGAUUCGAAAUGCCCUACAAUAUUUGGUGUGAUGGAUGUGGAAACCAUAUUGGAAUGGGUGUCAGGUAUAAUGCUGAAAAGAAGAAAGUUGGAAUGUAUUAUUCAACACCAGUCUAUCAAUUCCGCAUGAAAUGCCAUCUAUGUGAUAAUCACUUUGAGAUAAAAACAGAUCCCGGGAACCUUGACUAUUUGAUAGUGAGUGGAGCAAGACGGCAGGAAAACCGCUGGGAUCCGACGGAGAACGAGCAGAUCGUUCCCGAAGACAAAGCCACGCAGCGCCGGCUGUUCGACGACGCCAUGUUUAAGCUGGAGCAUGGGCGGGGUGACGAAAGCACUGCCAGCAAAUCGACGCCCGCUCUCGAAAAGCUCAAGAACAGCAACGAGUCCAAAUGGAAGGAUGAUUUCGCCACUAAUUGUGCAUUGAGAGCUCAGUUCAGGGCGAGGAAAAAGGAUUUGAAAGCCAAAGAAUCGACCGAUAAAGCUCUACUGAAAAAGUCCAGUUUGUCUAUAGCGUUGUUACCGGAAAACAGUGAUGACAUCAAGAUGGCAUCUCUGUUAGCACUACGACCAUGUAAAAGUGCCAGUGAAAAGCAGAGAGAUAUUAGGCAUAAAGCUCUGCGUCUACCAUCUGUAGCAAUAAAAACGUUGACCAAAAAAUCGUUGGGAAUCACCUCGACUUCAGUUCCAAAUCUUGUAUCGGCUGACUAUAAUUCAUCUUCAGAUGACAAUGAAGAUAAAAGUUGAGGAUGGUAAUAUGAUGAUCACUAAACACACUUCACAGAGCGAACCUCUCAAUACAAUGCAUCUGGGAAAAAUCCAAGACAAUACGUACAUUACUAUACAAAUAUUCACCCAAUUGUCUCUUGUAAAUACUAAAAUGUAUAAAUUUUAUAAAAUUAUUUACAUAAAAAA